AUGUCUUCUAUUCAGGAUAAACACAGAAUUGAAAAAGAUACUUUGGGAGAAGUUCAAGUUCCCGCUGACCGUUAUUGGGGUGCCCAAACACAGAGGUCUUUACAAAAUUUUAAUAUUGGUGGACCUACUGAACGUAUGCCUGAACCUUUGAUAAAAGCAUUUUGUAUAAUAAAGAAAGCAGCUGCUACAGUUAAUAUGACUUAUGGAUUAGAUCAAAAGAUAGGAAACAGUAUUAUUCAAGCUGCUGAUGAGGCAAUUGAAGGGAAACUUUCGGACCAUUUCCCUUUAGUAGUGUGGCAGACUGACCCAGUGCAUCCUAAUGAUCAUGUUAACAUGAGUCAAUCAUCCAAUGACACGUUCCCUACAGCAAUGCAUGUAUCAGCUUCUAUUGAAAUUAAUAAAAGACUUAUUCCGGCUUUGACAAAUUUACGUGAUGCUCUUGCUGAAAAAUCUAAAGAAUUUGCCAAUAUAAUUAAGAUUGGUAGAACACAUUUACAAGAUGCAACACCACUAUCUCUUGGAAGUGAAUUUUCUGGAUACGUUCAACAAUUAACUUUUGGAAUUGAGCGAAUUCAAGGAACUCUUCCAAGAUUAUAUUAUCUUGCUCAAGGAGGUACAGCUGUUGGUACUGGUUUAAACACAAAACCAGGAUUCGAUGUUAAUAUCGCAAAUGAAAUCUCAAAAAUCACCGGUUUACCGUUUAAAACUGCUCCUAAUAAAUUUGAAGCUUUGGCAGCUCAUGAUGCCAUAGUUGAAGUUAGUGGUGCACUUAACACGGUUGCUGUUUCUUUAAUGAAGAUCGGCAACGAUAUACGUUUACUUGGUUCUGGUCCUCGUUGUGGAUUGGGUGAACUAGUUCUCCCUGAAAAUGAGCCAGGUUCUUCUAUAAUGCCAGGAAAAGUUAACCCAACACAAGCCGAGGCUAUGACUAUGGUAGCUGCUCAAGUAAUGGGUAAUCAUACAACUAUUUCUAUUGCAGGUUCCAAUGGUCAUUUUGAACUAAAUGUUUUCAAACCAGUCUUAAUUAAAAAUCUACUUCAUUCAAUCCGUAUUAUGGCGGAUGCUUGUGAAUCAUUUAGAAGUAGAUGUGUUGUCGGAAUAAAAGCAAAUGAGACAAGGAUUAAUGCUCUUAUGAAUAAAAGUUUGAUGCUUGUAACGGCUUUGAAUCCUUACAUUGGUUAUGAUAAAGCAGCAGCUGUUGCGAAAAAUGCACAUAAAAACAAUUUAACUCUUAAGGAAUCUGCACUUCAACUUGGCGCACUCACUGAAAGUCAAUUUGAUGAAUGGGUUAAACCAUUAGAAAUGCUUGUUGUACCAAGUUCUGAAAUAAUGAAACACGUUGAGUUAAGUGAAACACCAGUUGGAGCUGCAACUCAAGUUAGUCCCAUUUCAGAUUCAGAAUCAUAUAAGGAGUCACAAAAAUCUUUUGAUGCAAAUGAAUUAAAUUUGCAUUGUCAAAUCCUUGCUCCAUAUACUAUAUCAUCUUGGAUGUUAAACGCGAAUUUUAAUUGGUUCCAUGAUACAUUUGACAAUUUUAUUGUUACUAUUUCAAAUUAUGUUGAAUUUUUGCACCAGCAACGUGAUAUUACAACUGCAAAUCACACAUCAGAAAUUCCUGUACGAUCUAUUGACCAAGCUAUGACAAUCAAAGUCCAUAAUCGAAAUAUUCGAAUUACACCUGUUAACAAAGUCAAAUACUAUCUCAAACAAUUUCUUAUAAAUUUACCUGUGUGGAAAUCAGUCGAUAUUGAAGAAUACUUGCCAAAUGAUCUUGUUACAGAGGCUAAUGAAAUUAUUUGUGUUACAGAUCAAGAAUGCAUUACAUCCAGGGCUUAUCUCAUGCAUUUUCCUUCAAAAUUGGAGAAAAAUAAAUGGAUUAUUAAUAAGCUACAAGCUGAUGCACCACGUUAUCAUACAAGAGUAAUGCGAAUAAACUAUUUACAUACCUAUGAUCUACUUCUUCCAAAAGCUAAACCACAUUCACUCCAAGUAAUCUAUCGAAUGUUAACAGGUGAUACAUCUUUGACUAAAAUUACAAAUGAAGUAAAAAUUGAUGAACGUGUCAAAAUUGCUUUGGAUCUUGAUGAUCCAGAGAUUACUAUUAAUUUGCGUAAACAUAAUAAUGGAAGAUCUAGUAAAUAUAAUAUUUUCUGGGAAAUUGCAGUUCAGUUUCUUGAAGGAAAAAUAGCAGAUGCUGUAACUGCUAUAGAUGAAUUCAGACAUAAUUCAAUUGUUCAUCUUGCAACUGCAAUUUCAGUAAAUGAUCUUUUGUAUCAAAUUGAGUAUAAGUGUCUACCUGAAACAACAAUUCCUUGUGCACAAUGGUUACAAGUGCAAUUUUGGUCUAAAGAUCCAACACGACUUAAUAGUUUACAAUUUAUAAUUGGAGAACCCAGAUUUUCUGUUGCAGCAGUAGAGAGAGGAAAGAAAGUUGUAGUCAGUAGAGGUAUUACAUUUGAAGUCACUGAUCAUAAUUAUACUAAAACAGGAAUUAUACCAAGUGUGAUAAUGAUAUAUAGUAUAUCUGAAUCCGUAAUUGCUGAUGAUCUGAAUAAAUUUUGGAACGCUUUAAAGAAUACAUCUUGUGAUAAUAAAUUUCUUAAACUAUCCGAAGAUACCCGAUUUUUAGGAAAGAACGUGGAUCUUUCACUCUAUUCAUUCGUAAAUGUUAUCGCGAUCUGGAAAAUGUUGUCCAAAAUAGACAAACUGCGCAUAACCGGAAAUCCGGUAAACUGGGGUAGUCACAAUACGGUAUAUGCCAACAUGGAAAUUGAAAGAGAUCAGAGAGUGCUGGCAAGAACUCUAUCCGAAGAAAAUAAAAGAGGAAACAGUUUCGAAUCUGUUUAUGAAGUGGGAAUCCCUCGUCAUAUGAUCGUUCAUCUCCAUGUCAACCUCCCGGUCGAAGAUGAUGACGAACUGGUUGUACCUAAUGAUUCAGGACAUCAACUGGAUCGAAAUGGCAAAACUCCCUAUACACUAAUACCUGUAAGAUUUGCGUCUAAUUAUGUAAAGGAAAAAGUGACUCUUCAACUUGAAGCACGUAUAAGAGAAAGGCUUCUUGAAAAAACAAAGGCGGGCACAGGUAGUCCACUAUUGGGUAGUUCAUUUGAAUGUAUUGCGCACAGGAUAUUGCAGAAUGGAGGAAAUUUUGAUGUUCGUCCUUUAGAGGAGUAUAAUACUGAAAAUUAUGAUGAUCCACUUGCAAAAGUCGAUUUAUCUCAACAACUCUUGCCAUUAUAUUUACUAAAACCAUCAGCAAGGAAUUUUACAUCAAUCGAAUUCGAUUAUUGCUCCAAAUAA